UCGGCCAUUGUCCCCGGGGCUGCGGCAUGGAGCAGGGGAGCUGCCGGGUGGGGGCCCCAGGGCCCGUGGGGGCGAAGACAGAGCCCUGCCCUGGGGACUGGAGAACCCCCGGCCUGCUGCUGCUGCUGCUGCUGCUGCUGGCUGCCGCGGCGGCCGCGGCUGGAGGGCUGCUGGGCUCCGCUCGCCGCCCCGCCGAGCCCCCGCUGCUCCGCCUGCCCCUCCCUAGCCCCAGGGGGCCCAGGUCCAGCCAAACAGCCCAGGUGGAUGCGGCCCGGAACACGGCGACCCUCAGAGUGACCCCAGCCCAGGACAACCGCAGCUGGGCGGUGCUGCUGGACGGGCAGAGUGGCCGCGUCUGCUACCGCCCGCCCAGGCACCAGGCCUGCUUCCUGCGCCCCAUGGAGCGCCGGGACCGCGAGGCCCUGCGGCUGCUCGUGAACACGUCGAGGGCCCAGACGCCCCCCAGCCCCAGCGAGGCCCCCCACCGUACCCAGGAGCUGCUGGCCGUGCUCGGGAGCCGCGAGGUGGACCCUGCCCUGGUGGGGGCUUCAGUGCGGCGCCUCUGCGUGAAGACCCCCAUUUACUGGGCCCGUCGGGCAGAUGGGCCCCGGGAGCAGCGGCUGAUCUACCUGUGCAUCGACAUAUGCUUCCCCAGCAGCGUCUGUGUGUCCGUCUGCUUUUAUUACCUCCCAGACUGAGCCCGCCUGGCCCGCCCGCCACGGAGGGUGGCACCAUGGGGCAAAUAAACUGUUGCACCUGC